AUGGCCGUCAUGCAUCUGUCUGCACAUGAAUCUAUCAUCGUGAUCUUUCUGCUAGACAUCCCAUCGACCUUUACCAAGGUUGUAGGUCGCUUUGAGCAUGAGAAGGAAGUUCUAUCCAAGACCCCGGCAUCUCCAAUGCUUGUUGGUCUGGGCAACCUGUUAACUAGGUCUUCAAGAGGCGGUCAACAGCAACGCCGAUCUGGCUUGACUUUACUCUCAAAACAGGUCACCUCCAGGGAUCAAGACGAAUUACAAGAGGGGGAGAAGGGAUACAAAGUCAUCAACAAGUCGGCCACAGUCAUGUUGAGCGACCGGGUCCCAGUGCCUAUGCUGUUAUCCCUCAAACAUGAUGCAAUCGCGCUCUGCUGCAGCGAGAGCAAGCACAAUAUGCCUAUGGGAGUUCUUGAAAGUUUGUACAACAGCCUUUACAGCGGCAGCGAUCAUCCUACAGCCCACGCUUUGAUCCCCACCAUCCCACCCAAUUCUCAUUGCCGUCAUUGCAAACAUGCAGAACACGCAGCCGAGUUCCCUCCCGGCAAGUAUGGAUGUGCGUACCUUAUUGCUGUUACCAACACCGCUCAAACCAAGACCAGAAAACCCACUGCAAGGAAUACCAAGAGAACAAAGACUGGAAAGCCGAUCAGCCCCAAGGUGGAUACCCUCCCAAUCGCUUUCUACAGUGCUUUCAAGGUCGCCAGGUUCUUCAUCAAAAGGGAGGUCAACUUCCAAUGCGCUGCUGCCAUCUUCGAAGCCAUUGACCCGAUUCGCACCGUGACGUUACGGUUCGCAAAGAUGGCCCAGAACCUACAAGCGAGGCCUAACAGGCAGUACCAGGAGGACAGCAAGCACGAGGAGGAGAGUCAGGACUGGGAUGACAGCGAGGACAAGGAGUACAGUGAUGAAGGAUUCCUGGGAGACGGGAGGAUUCUAUUGGACGACCGGAUGGCCUAUCAUAGAGUUAGCCGGUCAAAGUUUUUGCACUGUUUCUACCCCCAGCUUUGCAAUGUGGCACAAGCCAAGAAAAUCAGUCCAUGGGAGUCCCUCUUGUGGUCCCCAACCUUUUUCUACGGAUCAGAUGUUGCGCAAGUGCACUUCCCUUCUUGA